CGCCAUUACGCCUGUCUACCGACACACGCCUUUCGAGCCAGAACCAUUAUUAUCACAAGAAGGAAGAUGGUGCUGCCGAUAAUGUCCGUCGCCGACGCCGUCGCGCGGCUCUCGGCCGCCCUCUCCAGCACGCUCUUGGAGCUGCAGACGCACGUGCGCGACUUGACGGCGACGUUGUAUGCGGCCGAGGCGCCGCUGGACCCGACGUCGCUGGAGCAAAAGUCCUCGGAGCUCGAGGCCCGCGCCGACGAAGCAGCGCAGAGCCUCACGAGCCAGCUCCAAACGUUUUUCUCGACGUGGUCAUUGACGUGGACCGACUUGACGAGCCCCGUGGCCGAGCGGUACGGCGCAACCGCCCGCGACCUCCUGGAGAAGAUCGAAGAGACCAAAGUCAUGCUCGAGCAAACGCUGGGCGAAGGCAAGCUCCAGCUCCAGCUGCACUACAACGCAGCGAUGCGGUCCCGGCCCGCGUCCACGACCAUGGUGCACUAAAAACUUAUCAAAGCGUUUCGAUCGAAGAGACGACGUGCUCAAGCCAAGGCGCUUCGUAGCCCCAACCACUCUUGAAUACUAUCUAUGUAUGUAUAUCCAUGUAAAUUGAC